ACAAAUGCUGCUUCAAUCUUCCUAUCACAAAUUCAUCAUAGUCAUACGUGACGGAACGGUUACGUCCAAUUGGCUUCGUGUACACAAUUGGGUUUCUCAUCUCAUCUCAUCUGGAUGUCACAGUUGGAUUGAAAAUCAAUCAUCAAAUCAAAUAGAAGAUGGACAAGAGACCUAUUCACGGUGACCCCGCCAUGGAAUUUCGUGAUUGGAGGGCUCAACUUCAACGGAAAAGGAUAAUAAACAAGAUAAUGGAUACCUUGAAAAAGCAUCUUCCUUUCUCUGGAUAUGAGAGACUUCAGGAACUUAAGAAAAUAGCUGAGAGGGUUGAACGGGAGAUCCAUACUGCUGCCACAAGCCAGUCUGAAUAUUCACGUAAGGUAUGCUUCAUGAUGCUGACUAUGGAGACUAGAUUAAAGAAUCCCAUGCUGUCAAACUCUGCUGCUAUUACGGUAAAUCCCUCAGUGCCAGUAGAUUCGACAGCUCAAACGGACAAUCCAAACAACGGAGAUUGGCAAGAAGAAGUUUACCAAAAGAUAAAAGCUAUGCAAAAGCUGUAUCUACUGGAAUCUGAUGAUUGGAAGGCUCAAUUGCAAGACUCUUCUAGUUUACCUUCUGCAUUGCCACCUGGCAAUGACUUACAACAACCCACCUUGACAAACGUUGCUGGUCAAAAUAUAAACAUGCAGACCAUUCAAAAUAUGUCUAGUGUUCAACAAAACCAGCUCAUCGGACAACAAUAUAACUACCUUGUAACACAGGGCCACCCCCUGUACCAGGAGCAACUCCAGCAGCUCCUGCAACAGCGGAUGCUGCAACAGCAGAGGUUGAGGCCUACUGAAGGUGCAAGUGUGGCUGUUGGGGACCCCACCAUGGAAUCUGGUGAUUGGAGGGCUCAACUGCAAGCAGAUAUAGGGGAAAGGAUCAUGAACAAGUUAUUAGAUACCGUGAAGAAGCAUCCUCCAUUCCCUGGACAUGAGGGACAACAGGUUCUUACGAAAAUAGCCGAGAGGAUUGAAGAGGAGAUUUAUUUUGUUGCCACAACCCGGUCUGAUUAUUUACGGAAGAUAUCCUUGAAGAUGCUAAUUAUGGUGAAUACAUUACAUAAUCCCAUGUGAUCAAACUCUGCUGCUCAACAGAACAUGAUGAAUUCCAUAGAGUCCUUUUAUAAUCCUUACAGCAGGUCACAAGUGAGUUGGCCCCCGAAUCUGAUAUUUCAGAUUGUAUGAUAUCUUUGUGAGCUGCUCAAAUGUUGCUUGAUCUUCUUAUCUUCUUUUGAAGUUAUGUUACCAUUAGCAGGGUAGGGUUUGCUAUUUAUAAGGGGGUGGCGGCGCAACUUGUUGCUCGUCUACCUGCCAUUAGUCUGUAAUCGUCUCUAUUUUAAGUUGACUUUAUGUUUAAAAUUAAAAUAUAUUAAAACUGCAAAAGAAUAUUCAA